AGGCCCGUCGUCGCACACGUGACGUGUGACGUGUGCGGGGCGCGGCCGCCCAAUCAGAGAGUGCUCCGUGUAGGAGCGGGAGGGAGGCGGCGCCGCACGGACAGGAACAGCGGCGGCGGGAAGGGAAUCUUGACAAUGGCAACAGCACAGUCUGUCUUUGCUUUCGCUGUCUGCAUUCUGAUGAUAUCAGAAUUUAUAUUAGCAAAGAAAGAUUAUUAUGAAAUUUUGGGCGUGCCGAAAAAUGCAUCAGACCGUCAAAUCAAGAAGGCGUUCCACAAACUAGCAAUGAAGUACCACCCGGAUAAAAAUAAAGAUCCAAAUGCAGAGGCCAAGUUCAGGGAGAUUGCAGAGGCAUACGAGGUCCUAUCGGACGAGAGGCAGAGGAAGGAGUAUGAUCAGAUGGGUCCUCGGUUCUUCAAUGCCGGCCGUGGUUCCCACCAAACUGGUUCUUUUAACUUUAAGUUUGACGACUUCCUUAAGGACUUUGACUUUGACUUCAGCCACCGAGCACAAGACAAGAAGCACUUCAACGCUCACUUCAGGGCACACCAGGAAGCUCACAACGCACACCGCUUUUCCUUUGGAGACAGACAGUUCCCUUUUGGAGGUGGGAUGUUUGACGACGUGUUUGAAGACAUGGAGAAGAUGUUCUCCUUCAGCAACUUUGGCAGCACGCACAAGCACACAGUGAGAACUGAGAAGUUUCAGACCACUGGCAAGCAGCAGUGCAAGACAGUCACACAGCGCAGAGGCAACAUGGUGACCACCUACACCGACUGUUCAGUGCCCUAGCCGCCCUGAGGCCCGCUGUAACCCACACACAAUCGCUAACUUGCACAACAACCAAUGUUUUCCUCUUAGUUUGUGUGGCCCUUUUAUAGAAAUGUAUUGGGUGCAAUGAACUAAAUUAGGCUAGAAAUCGUACUUAGCAGAAGCAUACACUUUCUUAGUAAAAUUCCAAAUAAAGAAAAUAACACAAUAGUAAGAACAAUUAUAAUCAGAGCUAGCUCAGCAAGUGAAGUAACAGGUUGAAAUGAAAUGAUGGAGGUUGUUCUGUAACAUGGCUGCAUUUAUUGCAUGUAGGUUUGAGGGCAGAUCUUGUAACUGGGUUAAAGGAGAGACGGUGUUGUGAUGUAACUGCGUUACCUGUUCACUGACUUGCCCGGUGCUUCAUGUGAGCUGUAGCUUCCCACAAUCCCAUCUCCACCUCAAUGCUCAUCCCAUGCCUUAUUGCUUUUGUUUAACAGGUUAAAGGGUUUGCAGACUUGGAUUUGUUACCUUGCCAUGAUGUUUUGGGGCCUUUGAUUUGAACACGAUUGUUCUACAAAUGCAGACCGAUAGUAAGGAGUUUCCUUGUUUGAACAAUAACUAUUUGGGUGGCUAGAGAGAAAUGCAGCAUUUGACUGAUUUGUUAAUUUUGUGAUAUAUAUAUAAAGUGGUUAUAGACAGAAAGAAACUAAACGAAGGGUUAAUUUCUGCAAAGCUCAAACAAACUACAAGCUGCUGAAUAAAACUGCAUUUUAGCAGUGCUUGGAAUUUGCCUAAAUGCAUGUAACAAACAAAGCAUACAACAUUAUAAAGCACAACAUGCUUUUGUGUUUAGGUGGGGCCAGCUCUAACAAAACUAACAAAAUUACAUUCUUAAACAACAAUGGAUAGUUGUUCUGUUGUUAACCAUUAACUGCAGUGUUCAGCAAAUGUAACCAUUUAAAAUAAGAAAGUUGUACUUCCUCCAGUUUUAAUGUGAUUACCUGUUUUUUUUUGCCACGUGUCUUUUCUUGAUUAAUAAAUCUUGAUUACCUCAUGUCACCGUCUGAAAAGGUGAGGUGAAGAUGUACUGUCAGGUGCUCAUGUCACCGUGAAGAUGGGUGUACUGUCAGGUGCAAUAUUAGCAUGCGGAGACCCGUCUCUGCAUUACAAAUGUUAAGUGGACUCUAUAAGUUUAUUAAAAAUGGUCAACUCUCCAAAAUGUCUGCACUUUUCCAAAAUGCACUUGUUAAAUAAAUCCUGAUGAUAAGGCA